UAGAAUUAACCAUUGGCAACUGUUUUAAUUAAUUAUUGGAAAAUAGAUAGUACCUAUUGUACAGUUGAACCAUUAUGUUACCUUAUCAAUGUCAUUGAAUUUUGUGAUUUUAAUUUUAAUUUUCUGUUAAUUAUUAAAUUAUAAGACAUGUCUGUUUUUUUAUGUAUUCAAUUUUAUUGAAAUACUAUGAUUGCAUCAAAGAAUAAUCAUGUUUACUGCUUUUGGUUGUACCGAUAUGACAUUUAUUUUAAAUUUUUAUUAUCAAAGUAUGUGUCCAACGUUUAACAUUAAUAUUCAGAAAUCUGAACAAACAUUUUUAAAACAAAAACCCAAAACAGUUCCAAUAAGCAUCAAAAUGAAAUUUAAGAAAAACAUUGUUCCGGCUGGUUGGCAAAGCGAUGAUGAGUAUGAUGAAUUUGGCGAUAUUAUUGAACAUUCAUCGUAUCAUGUUAAACCAGAAGCAGAAGAUUUUGAAUCAACAUUGAAAAAUGCUUGUAUAAGAAAUAACGUAUCAGAAAUCACCCGUGCCUUAAACUCGAAAACUGUUGAUGUUAACAGUUAUUUAAAUAAUAGUUGGACCGCUUUGAUGUAUGCAGCAUUUAAUGGAUCUUUAGAUGCUGUAACAUAUCUUUUACAGAAUGGCGCUGAUCCAUUAAUAGAGUAUGACUGUCAUAAUGUUAUAAUGUGUGUAUGUAAUUGUGCUAGUGUUUCUAGUGAAUUAGACUUAUUAAAUUGUCUAAAGCUUUUAGCAAAUUUUGAUGGUAUUGACAUCAAUUCUAAAGAUAGAACAGGAUUCACUGCUCUUAUGUAUGCAUGCUGCAAUGGUUGGUUGCAAUUGGUAGAAUUUCUAGUCGACCAUGGUGCAGACAUAGAGUUGAAAGAUUAUCAAUCUGGAGAGACGGCUUUGUUUUUUGCAGUACGUUAUAACCGUGUUCAUAUUGUAAAAUAUCUAUUAUCAAAAGGAGCUGACAAAGAUGUCGUUGACAAGAAAUAUCAGACAGUGUAUAGAAUAGCUGAAAAUAAAAACAUGGUUGCUAUUUUAAAGUUAUUAAAUAUAGAUUAUAAAAAUGAACAGCUAGAAGUUUAUUAUUCAGAAGAAGAACAUCCUUACUGGAAUGAAGUUAUGACAGAAUUAGAAAAUGGUUUUAGUCUAGACAUCAAAUCAUUUUUAGAAACAUUAUCAAUGGAUAUCUAUGCAGACAAUCUAAUUUCCAAUAAUAUAACUUUUAAAAAUUUACUUACUGGAAGUAAUGAUCAAUUUGUUGAUAUGGGGAUCACUUUAUCACCACAUCGUAAGCUUUUGGCUACUGCACUUAAAUGUUUUCAUACAUGGAAUUGGUCUAAUAAUUCUUUAUAUGUUAAAAAAAGUGAUAUUAAUACUGAAAGAAUUGCCCAGACAUUAGGGAUAAUAGUAAGACAAUUGCAUGUAAUAGAUGCUUCAAUAAAGUACUUAGGGAUGCAUAGUUAUGGUUUGGAUCAACAGAAAGGUCAAGAAGCCAUUAAUAAUUUGAAAAAAAUCAGAACUAUGGAGGAUAAAAUAUUUAAAAUAUUAGACCAAAAAGCAAGAAUAGGUCGAGUGGAUUACACAGGGCAUAAGACUAAGAAUCAAAAUUUGAAAACAAACGGAGAUAAGUUGUUUGCUAGUGUUUUUGUUAUUUUAGUAUUAUUGCGCAUAAUUUAAAUUUAUUUUUUCAAUUUUGUAUUUGAUCGAUUUAGA